AAGGCCCCGCCCCGUCGGAUCUUAUCCCUGAGCUGCUUCUGCGGCUCUAUCUUCGGGACUCCGCCCCGCGCGCGGAUCUGCAGCCAUGGCAGUCACCGCCCAGGCAGCCCGCAGGAAGGAGCGCGUCCUCUGCCUGUUUGACGUGGACGGGACCCUCACGCCGGCUCGCCAGAAAAUUGACCCCGAGGUGGCUGCCUUCCUGCAGAAGCUGCGAAGUAGAGUGCAGAUCGGUGUGGUGGGCGGCUCUGACUACUGUAAGAUCGCUGAGCAGCUGGGUGACGGGGAUGAAGUCAUUGAGAAAUUUGAUUAUGUGUUUGCCGAGAACGGGACGGUGCAGUAUAAGCACGGACGACUGCUCUCCAAGCAGACCAUCCAGAACCACCUGGGGGAGGAGCUGCUGCAGGACUUGAUCAACUUCUGCCUCAGCUACAUGGCCCUGCUCAGGCUGCCCAAGAAGCGUGGAACCUUCAUCGAGUUCCGGAAUGGCAUGCUGAACAUCUCGCCCAUAGGCCGGAGCUGCACCCUGGAGGAGAGGAUCGAGUUCUCCGAACUGGACAAGAAAGAGAAGAUCCGGGAGAAGUUUGUGGAAGCCCUGAAAACAGAGUUUGCUGGCAAAGGGCUGAGGUUCUCCCGAGGAGGCAUGAUCAGCUUUGACGUCUUCCCCGAGGGCUGGGACAAGCGCUACUGCCUGGAUAGCCUGGACCAGGACAGCUUCGACACCAUCCACUUCUUUGGGAACGAGACCAGCCCUGGUGGGAACGACUUUGAGAUCUUUGCCGACCCCCGGACUGUUGGCCACAGCGUGGUGUCUCCUCAGGACACAGUGCAGCGAUGCCGGGAGAUUUUCUUCCCAGAGACAGCCCAUGAGGCGUGACCGGGGCCCACAUCUGUGCGUAGUGAUUUCUGAAGAGUUUGGCCUAGGCCUAAAGACAGGUCCUGGUGUUGGAUAGAUGCCAGGGCCCCGUCGUCUGGCCCAGGACGCCUGCUGCAAGGCCCACCCAGAUGGGGCCAGAGUCUGUGUGGACAACCAUCCCCAGCCAGUCAGCUCCUAGUGGCCCUGGCUCCGUCCUCCCGGGGCCCAGAGUGUUCCCCAUGCUCCACCUGGUGGCCCAAGCCACAGCUGCUGCUUAUAUUUUGGUACAGAACAGGUUUCUUUCUGCGCCAGGAGGAGGCGUGCGCAAGUGUCGGUACGAGAUCUAGCCUGCUCUGCCUGCCUGCCCUGGGCGAUGAGGUACGGUGGGGAAGGUCCUAUUUUAGAGAACUUUGUCACAGUAUUAAAGUUCCCAGAACAAAGUAGGU